AUGGCUGUUGUCGCCAAUAUGGCACGGUUGCUCACAAAUCAAGUUUCCAUGGCUGAAAUCACAGCUCUGAUGUAUCUUGCAGAGCAUGUUGUUGUUGAUUCGAAUUAUAAUCACCACAAGAUUAUUCCAAUCACCAUCUUCAGCAUGUCCGACAGAAAGGUUCGGGUUGUUCAAGGCUACUUUAACCUGGACAAGCGCAUGCUGAACAUCAAUGUGUCGCGCAUCUUGGAUUUUUCUACUUUUUUUAUAUCGGCUGAGAGGCGCCCUGACUUUUUCCAGCUGCUUGGAUGGUUCACCAGCGAGCCUGUGGGAGAGACAACUUAG